AGAGCACAAGUUAGUGUGUAUCGUGACAUCGUUGUGAGAAGUGGUAGUAUCUCUGUGUAAUUUGUCUGGGUGUCACUCGUUAGUGAAGAUUACCUCAGGUGAGCAACAUGGCUACCAGUUCCACAGAUGCUUUCAACAGCCAGUUGGGCACCAGUAUCCCACUGUUUAGUAAUUAUUCCAUGGUGUCAGUCACUACGGGAGCUAACUUUUGGCCGACGGAGGCCACCUCGGACUCCACGUCGCCAGCUUCGGCGGAGAAUAAUUGGGACGUGGAUGAGGAAGAGGCCAUUAAGAGGAGGAUCUACGAGCUCAAGAGGCAGUUCCACAACGGCAGAUACCUCAUCGUCCGCCACCUGCCCCGCGACGCUACUGAAGAGGAAGUGCGGGAGCUUUUAUCUGGGUACCUGGUCCACAGCGUGCAGCUACAGCAGUCGAAUGGGUCAGCGCGGGUGCUGCUAGCCGAGCCGGAGGUCUUGGAGACGUGGGCCAGGUCAACCCAUCACACACUUCGGGGUCACAAGGUCACCAUCUCUCCUUCCAACACGGAGGGGCUACUGUGUUUGGCCAGGCUGCCCGUCGACUGCACGGAAGAGGAGUUCGGUGGACUCGUGAGCUCCCUCGGCGAAGUAUCCUAUUGCUUCCUCAUGCGCUCAGAGAAGACAGGAGAGAGCAAAGGCUAUGGCUUCAUCGAAUACGUAACAAAGGAAGUGGCACUUCAGGCGAAAUCGGUGCUAGAUGGGCGGGAGCUCCGGGACACCGUGCUGGUCUGCGACUGGCUGGACCCCAGUCACGUCACCUUCGCCUCCCUCCACUCCGCCUGCCUCUACGUCGACCACCUUCCCAAGGACUACAGGGACAUGGGCGAAUUCAGGAGAGUCUUCAGUAAGGUCACCAAUCCACCAUAUUGCCAGAUCGCAAUGCGUAACGGGGCGCUGCAGGACUGGGGGCUGGUUGAGUUCAUCGACGCCGAAGACGCCGAAGAAACCCAGGCCACACUCAACAACUACAAGCUUCGUGGCCACAGCAUCCGCGUCCAGUACUGUAUUCCAGGGGUCAGGGCCAUCAACAUCUACAUGAAGAUCCUCAACGACCCGGGUCUCAAAAAGAAGUCUGCCCUCCUUCCCGAGCCGCCAGCCAACAAGGUGUUCUCACAACUCCAGAACCUAACCAAGCACAACCCAGCAUUCGCGACCAGCCUGCAGAACAUCAUCUUGACACAGAUCCAGAGUCUGGGCGGUGGGAGAGGUGAAGGGCCAACCCCUCCACCUCCAGGACCUCCCAGGUGCCAGAGACCACCGCCUCCAGUCCGCCCUCAGACUCAUGUACCCACGCACCCACCACCUCCACCUGCAUCUCCCACAUCAAACAAUGGCCUCAAUAGCAAUGCCCAGGCCGCUCUUGUUAUUCUCCUGGCGGCACAGAUGCAGAUGCAGCAGCAGCAACAGCAACAGCAGCAGAUACAACAACAACAGGCACAGUGUGUUUCAAAUAAUAAUCUACUUGCCAGCCCACAAGUGCUGAACCUGCUACAACAACUGGUGCAGCAGGGAGAUCCACAAACACCACCCCAUGGUACAGACCCCAGGAAUGGCUACUCAAAGAACAACAAUAAUGCCAACAGCAAUUCCACCACCCCUACCAAGAACAACUAUAGGAAUGGCUAUAGUAAGAACGGUGUUAGUAAACCUACAAAGACACCGUUACUUCCGACACCGGCAUCGGGAAACUAUAGUGGAGGUUCAUGGGAUGAAGGAGGUGCGAGCUCAGGUGGUGGGGAGUGUGAGGGGGGAUUGGCCCCCCUACUUUCUGGUCUUUUGACUAGUCUGCCUGGUCUUAACAACAUCAAAUCCAACAAGGACGAUUUGCAGGGAACCAUCUCCACACUGUUGUCAAAUGCCCACAGUCUGCAACAGCUUCUGGGGACCCUCACUCCAAUGGAACAGCAGCAGCAACAGCAGCAGCAACAACAGCAGCAAGCACCCCCUCCCCCUCCCAUUUCUGUUGGACAACUACCUAUGGUUACUGCAGCUUCCAUGCUUCCUCACACCCACAUUACCACCACCGCUCCACCACCUAUGUAUCCCACAAAUCCCCUGAUGUCCAUGUUGCUGACAGCUGCUGGCCAGGGCCCCAAAGCUGCUCUCCUGGGUGAAGGACCCCUCCGCCAUGACCAUGCCCCUACAUUCCUUCCUCCACAUCUGGCACCCCCAUCUAUUGAACAGCCUCCUCACCUUGGACCCCCCUCCUUGGAGCAGCCUCCACCUCCCCCACCAAUAUCUUCUGCCCCAGCUUUCCUGUUUGCCUCACCUGUUUCGUCCCGUGUGACCACCACCUGGUCUCCCCCACCCAUGGCUCCUCCACCCACCCUCAUCCAACCACCUAUCCUUCACCCAGCUGCCCUUUCCCACCAUCCCCGUCUCAUCAAUCCCUUAUAUUUAACUCCAGCCAAAAGCAUGGGGCCACCCCAGCACAACUUCGGUCCCCCUGGUUACAGCACACCCAUCGGUCAGAAGCGCAAGUCCAACCACAUUCUGCCAUCUCCAGAGCCCAGCCCAGAGAAUGGCUAUGUGGGGCAGCACUCCCAGGGCAUCGGUGGCCACUAUGCAGACUCUUACCUCACCAAGAAAAUGAAGAAGCACUGAGAACAUUGUCCACACCUCGCACACUGUGCAAACAUACACACACACAUAUUCACACUAACACUGACUCAACGACAUGGUAUUACAUAGCUCUUAGAGGGUAUCUUCCAGUUGAAAUAUACAGACGUGUUGCAUUAUUCUGUGCUUUAGAUUGAAGAGUGUAAGGCGUCCUUGGUGGGUGCAACAGACGAAAAGCUGUCGCUCUGACAUCCACAGAAUACGCCCACAGUUUUGAUACAUGUUGGGACCAGCUUAAUGAAGACAAGGGUUAGGGACAACAGUGACGGGCUUUUUAGAGGCAUUCUAGUUAGUUGUUUUUUGAAAACUCGCAAAGUAUAUUGGGAACUUAUAAAUACUGUUUAGUUUCAUGAUUAUAUUUAAGAGCAUUAUAAACAGGUGUAUAGCAGGAUAAGCAGCUGAGAUUAUCGGCAUUAUAGUUGGAUACCAGUUGUACAGUUCACUGUAUAACAAAUUAUAAAUUUGAGUGUUAAGUAUAUAUACAACUCUAUAAAAGUCAACACAGAGAGUUAAGUAUAUAAAUCUACAUAUACGAUUAUGUUUAAAAACUAUAUAUAUAUAUA